UUUGUGAAAACGUUCACGAUCGAUCGAAAUGGCUUUCCAUACUCGCAGAGGACCUCGUUACCGGAGAUUUUGUUGAUCUCGUAUUACAAAAGAUGUCUUGGGUACUGCGUAGAUUACUGUCUAGACAACUAUGUCAAAGUUGCCUUCGUCAGACCAGGCACCCAGCCCGGCUUCAGUCGUCCCAGGCUUCUAGUAACCCACGGGUAUGCAUCAUAGGAAGUGGACCUGCAGGGUUCUAUACAGCACAGUCAUUAUUGAAGGGUGACAAGUCAUUACAUGUAGACAUCUAUGAUCGUCUUCCAGUUCCAUUUGGUCUUGUUAGGUAUGGUGUGGCCCCAGAUCAUCCAGAAGUUAAGAAUGUGAUAAACCAGUUCACAACCCUCGCGACAGCUGGCCGUUGUUCCUUCAUAGGCGGAGUGAGUAUAGGCAAAGACGUCCAGGUCAAGGAACUUUUAGAAGCAUACAGUGCUGUUGUGUUGAGUUAUGGUGCUGAAGGAGAUAAGAUGUUGAAUGUACCCGGUGAAGAUUUACCAGGGUUUUACUCUGCUAGAAAGUUUGUUGGAUGGUACAAUGGACUCCCAGAACAUUCACAUCUUGAUCCAAUGUUGGACACAGACACAGCUGUGGUGAUAGGUCAUGGGAAUGUUGCAUUAGAUGUAGCUAGAAUACUCCUCACUCCUAUAGAUAUACUAAAGAAAACCGACAUCACUGCCAGUGCCAUUGAAGCCUUGACAAAGAGUAGAGUGAAGAGAGUCCAUGUAGUAGGAAGGAGAGGUCCUCUAAACAUCUCAUUUACAAUCAAAGAAUUAAGAGAAAUGAUCAAACUACCUGACUGUAGGACUGUCAUUGAUCCAAGUCACUUUGAAGGAAUAGAGUCAACCAUUCCAGAAUUACCCAGACCAAAGAAACGCAUCACAGAACUCAUGCUAAAAACUUCCAAGAGCUCCCCCUCUAGUCAAGAAAAAGCAAGGCAGGAUGCAGCCUCAGGGGAAUGGCACCUGGAUUUCUUCCGCAGUCCCUCUGAAGUCCUGUCUUCAUCCCCCUCGGGAGAAAAUGGAAGAGUCGCUGGUGUUAAGUUUAACAUUUGCAAAUUUGAGAAUGUGAAUGGUGAGGAGAGAUUGGUCCAGACCGGAGAGACAGAAACCAUUCCUUGUGGGCUAGUACUCAGGAGUAUAGGAUACAAGAGUGUCCAGGUGGAUGACUUUAUUCCGUUUGAUCACCAGAAAGGGGUCAUCAAGAAUGAUCUUGGCAGGGUAGACGGAAUACAAGGUCUUUACUGCAGCGGAUGGGUGAAGCGAGGCCCUAAAGGUGUGAUACUAUCAUCAUUGAAUGAUAGUAUUGAGACAGCUAAGUGCAUGCUGGAUGAUAUCAACUCAGGGAUUAUAGACACUACUAAACCUGAUGGACAGGAUAGGAUACUAGCAUUACUUGCAGAGAGAGGAGUAACGCCCAUCACUUUCUCUGAUUGGGCUAAGAUCGAUGCGGAGGAGAAGGCGAGGGGUGAGCUGGUCGGGAAACCUCGUGAGAAGAUGACCAAGAUAGAAGAAAUGAUGGAUCACGCGCUCGCCGAGAAGGAGGAUGGACGCGAGGACCGAUAACGGUCCGCUACAAGAUACCAUCUUCAGCGGGGGAUAAAAGUGGUUAUCCAUCUUCUGAAAGAAGGACAUUUAGAAUGAAUGGGAAGGUCAUGAAGAAGGAGCAUCAGCUCUAACAUUGACCCCCAAUGAUUGUAUCAUCAAAGGUGCAUGUUCUACAGGUAUUAUAGAUGUCAUAACACUGGACACAUAGGAAACUGGGUGGAUGGCUUUCUACCUAAGGAUGUACUCUGUCUGCUAGAGUAGAAGCUCUACAGAAAGAUAGAAGAAAAUGAUUUUCAGUGUGUGUCAUAGUAACAUCACAAGCAAGAUUUGCUAAUCUAAUAUCACACUCAUAGUGCCCCCUCCCUUUAGAAUUUUGGAAGUAGCUUAUUGUAUUGGGCUGUGUUCAAUUAAUCCAUGUGAUAUUGAACUAUUUACUUAAUCCAUUGAGAUGAGUUCCAUGUGAUCAUCAAUGAUAUUCAAUGAAAUCUUAAAGCUCAGGGGAUGUCACACCUUGGUGAUUAAGCCAGUGUAGGUUGAUAUACACAUGCCAAGCCAUUUUUCUUAUAAUCCUAUUUCUUGAUAUCGAGAAUUAUAUCCUUGAUAUCAGCAGGUGCCAUUUCUUAACCAAGCACAAAAUGAUUUUGUUACAUCAAGAAAUGGUUUCUUGAUUUCUUCAUGUGAAGAAGUGAUUGCUUGAUAUCAAAGAAAGAAAUGAAUUCUAGAUAUCCAAAAAUCAGAUUUAAUGAUAGAAUGGCUUGCUAUAGGCAUAUUGGCUAGAUCGAGUACCUGCCUCACAAGAAUGUUGUUAACGCUAACAAUUCGCCAGCAGAGACCCUGUUACAACCGAUAAUGUUGCAGUGAUGCCUUAUGUUACAACAGUACAUUAUUUACUUCUUGGAUCAAUGCUUGACAUUAUGAUUUUAACAAGGUGACUGAGCCUACUAUUAGUGCUCUUUUAGCGCUGACAAAUUUCUGUGUGUCUGGUACAGUGUGGCAGCCCCUUUAGAUAGACCUAGUUUGUUUUCUGUAAUCUAUAAUACAUGAUCCUAGAUCACAAUCAAUCGUACAGGUGAACCAUUAUAUGAAAAUGCCAACAUGACAUUCAUUUGGAGAACUGAUAAUUUUUUUUAGUUAAUUAAUGUUUUCCAAUCCGUCCAUCGUGUAGCAAUUCAAUGUGACUUAUUGCAAAUUGUUUUACUCUAGGUAGUAUUGUAUUUACUCUGUAGAAAAUGUAGCUAUUGCUAGAUCAGGGCCAUAUCUUUAAUAGAAAGAGUUAAAAUAGAUUCAAAUCUAUUAACUCAAAUUGAGAUUGAUCUCAAUUCCUAUUGCAAUUUGAAAUUAAUCUUAAUUUUGAUUCAAAUCUGUUGCAACUCUUUGUUAGAACAAAGCAAACAACAAACUUUCUUCAGGCUGGUUGAAACUCAUGUUGUGUUUGAUUUUCAGAUUUGCAUUUGAUUUGAAAUCUUUGUGCAAUUAACAUCCUCUUAUAUGAGUUAUAAACCAGAUAUGACCCAAGUGAGUAGAGAUGGUCCACAAAUAUGAAUACAAAUCCAUCAAAUGCAGAACUUGACAUUCCUAGGGAUAAGGUCAUUUUGAUUUGUGUUCUUAUUAUUCUAGCUGAUAAGAUGGUUAUCUAAUUAGAUUUAUAGAUUGGAAGGUCAGUUUCAAUAUGGGCUCUAAUCCCCUGUUUCCACAACAACUGGCAAACAGGUUAUCUAUAUUUCUCAAUCAGUAUCUACUUUGCCUCAUUUAACUGAUGUGUAAUUGGAUCAAGGAAUUGGUCAAUUGGAUUAGAACAAAUGAAAAAUAAUUCAAUUUUUGCAAGUAGGGAAGGGAAUUUGGAUCGCUGCCUUCCAGUUCUGGAAUCAGUACACUAGAUGAGGUUGUGACUGUAAAUCCCCCGAUGCAUUUGACAAUAUUUCUGAUGAAACACAUAUUGGAGGUUCAAUGAAAUUAUUAUUAGAUUUUGAUUAGGUCAAGACCUGGGUACCGUAACACAAAGGUUAGCGAUUGAUCGUACGCUUGAUUUUCAUGAUUGAUUGUAUAUUGUAGUCAAUGGAAUCAGUCAUAGAAAAAUGUUCUAUGAUCAUCGCUAAGCUUUGUGUUAUGGGCCCCAGGGUCCCAUAACACUAAGGUUAGUAAUUAAUCAUAUGCUUGAUUUUUACAAUUGAUUGCACAUUGUAGUCUCUGCAGUCAAUCAUAGAAAAUCGUUCUAUGAUCAUUGGUAAGCUUUGUGUUACGGGCCCCAGGUGUCUCUAAACUUGUUAUCAAUGGCAAAGCAUAUGCUACUGCUACAAGUCACUAAAAUCUAGCUGUCUGAUAUGCCGAGAGCUAAAUUAAUAUACAGUGCAUCCCAGAAAAAAAGGAAACUGGGAUUCCCACAUCUUUUUUCUUCAAAGGCAAAUUAAUUAUGAUAUUUUAUUUACAUCAUCAUAAAAUUAUAUUAUUCCUCUACAUUUUGAUACCUAAUAUGUGACGAACACUUCUCGCAUUAAUGAGCAAGACGAGUUUGAGAUUUUAAUGUCAAAAUCAGAUUGCGCA